AUGACAACAGUCAAGACUGGACAAGAGGCACUUCUGCUUUGGGCUCAGAUCAGAACUAAUGGAUACCCAGGCGUCAAAGUCCAGAACUUCACUGACAGCUGGGGAGAUGGUUUGGCAUUCUGUGCCCUCAUCCACUCUUAUGAAGGCGACAAGGUGUUCAAGUUUGAAGAACUAAGUGCCAAGAAUGUCAAGAGUAACCUUGACCUGGCAUUCAACACUGCCACUGAGCUUGGUGUUCCAGACUUGCUCGACUCUGAGUAUUUGAUGAUCCCAGGUGGACUUGAUAGAAGAAGUAUCAUGACUUACAUGUCUGAACUGUAUCAUUACUUCAAGAAGAAGUAUACUAUCUCACCAGAGACACCUUAUGAGAAGAGAGGCAUUAGUGUUAGCAUUCAAGAUCUUAGCAGUGAGCAACUGACUGAGAUGUUGAUGAAGGAGCGUGAGAAGAAGGGCAUCAAGGGCCCAAUGAGCCCCAACACCGGCUCACCCAAGCCCGCACACAAGUCCAACAAGCCACAACUCGACCCAACCCUCAAGGCCAAGCGUGCCGAGGAGGAGAAGCAACGCGCUGAGCGUCGUCGCCAGAUCGAGGAGGAGGCACGCCACGCCCGUCGUCUCGAGCUCGAGGAGGAGGAGCGCAAGAAGGAAGAGAUCUCCAAGUUCAGAAAGGAGCAGUCGGGCAUCCCCGCCACCGGCAGCGACAACAAGAAGGAGCUAAAGAACAAGAUCAAGGAGAUGGAGGAGCUGGAGAAGAAGCGUCUGCAGGAGGAGGAGGAAGCUCGCGAGAAGAGACGUCAGGAGCGUGCCAACCGCGCCUCCCGCCAGGUACUCUCGAGCGAGAUUGCCAAGUUCAACGGCAGCAACAACAAUAUAGAGUCUUCAGAGUCUGUGGAUCAGGCCAAGCAGGAGCGUGACAACAACUCUGCGCGCACUGUGGUCGAGGAGCAACACAAGCAUGAGGAGCAGCAAGAGGAGCGUGCCCCAGCCACCCCAGUCAAGAGGGAGUCUUCGGCCAACGACCUCAAGCGCAAAAUAAAGGAGAUGGAGGAGCAAGAGAAGAAGCGUCUGCAAGAAGAAGAGGAGGCUCGCGAGAAGAAGCGUCAAGAGCGUGCCAACCGCGCCUCCCGCCAAGUACUCUCAAGCGAGAUUGCCAAGUUCAACGGCGGUGCUGCCGCUGAGGCCACACCCUCCACACCAACUCGCGACCGCUCAGAGAGCGUCGACACCAACAACAGCACGCCAUCAAAGUCCAACGAGCUAAAGAACAAGAUCAAGGAGAUGGAGGAGCAGGAGAAGAAGCGUCUGCAAGAGGAAGAGGAGGCUCGCGAGAAGAAGCGCCAGGAGCGUGCCAACCGUGCCUCCCGCCAGGUGCUCUCCGAGGAGAUCGCCAAGUUCAACAGCGGCGCCGCCCCUGCCGCCGUCGCCGCCGAGACCACGCCAACACGCGAGGUCCUACGCACAUCCUCAAGCAGCGAUCUGGCCAAGAAACGCAUCAAAGAGAUGGAGGAGCUCAGAGAGCGACAGCAACAAGAGGAGGAGGAGGCUCGCGAGAGAAAGAGACAGGAGGCCCAGAAGCGUGUCUCCCGCCAUCACCUCGCCGAUGACAUUUCCAAGUUCAACAAUGGUGACGAGGCCUCUACCACCUCGACCCGCUCCCGCUCAGACAGCCUCGACAGCAACAGUUCAGUUACAUCCGCCUCGUCCACACCCGUCCCCGUUGCCAAUGGCAACGGUGAUCUGGCCAAGAAGCGCAUCAAGGAGAUGGAGGAGCUGAGGCUGAGACAGCAACAAGAGGAGGAGGAAGCUCGCGAGAGAAAGAGACAGGAGAGCCAGAAGCGCGUCUCAAGAUCCCUUCUUGCUGAGGACAUUGCCAAGUUCAACAGCGGCAAUGUCGAGUCGACCAUCACAACUCGUGAGCGCUCAGAGAGCAUCGAUAGCAACCACUCGGCUGCAUCAUCAAGCAGCAGCGACCUGGCCAAGAAGCGUAUUAAGGAGAUGGAGGAGCUCAGAGAGCGUCAGCAACAAGAGGAGGAAGAGGCUCGCGAGAGGAAGAGACAGGAGAGCCAGAAGCGCGUCUCCAGAUCCCUGCUGGCCGAGGACAUUGCCAAGUUCAACAGCGGCUACGUCGAGCCGGUCGCCACCCGCGAGCGCUCAGACAGCGUCGACAGCAACCACUCGGCUGCUUCAUCAAGCAGCGACCUGGCCAAGAAGCGCAUCAAGGACAUGGAGGAGCUGAGACUGAGACAACAGCAAGAGGAGGAAGAGGCUCGCGAGAGAAAGAGACAGGAGAGCCAGAAGCGCGUCUCAAGAUCUUUGUUGGCCGAGGACAUUGCCAAGUUCAACAGCGGACAUGUCGAGCCCACCCCUGCCGCCGUCGACAAGACUCCAGCCGUGCUCAGCAACAGUGACGUCGCCAAGAAGCGCAUCAAGGACAUGGAAGAGAUGAGACAGCGUCAGCAACAGGAAGAGGAGGAGGCACGCGAGAGGAAGAGACAAGAGGCCUCAAAGCGCGUCUCGCGUCAGAUCCUCGCCGAGGACAUUGCCAAGUUCAACGGUGGCGAGCCAACCGUUGUCAACCGCUCCCUAUCCGAGAGCACCGAGUCUGAGAAGCCAGCCUUGUUGCGCACUGGAAGCAGCAGCGACCUGGCCAAGAAGCGCAUCAAGGACAUGGAGGAGAUGAGACAGCGUCAGCAACAAGAGGAGGAGGAGGCUCGCGAGAGAAAGAGACAGGACGCAUCAAAGCGUGUCUCCCGCCAGAUCCUCGCCGAGGACAUUGCCAAGUUCAACAGUGGCUACGUCGAGCCCACCCCAGCCGCCGCCGCAGUCGACAAGACCCAAUCGGCACUCAGCAACAGCAGCAGCGACCUUGCCAAGAAGCGCAUCAAGGACAUGGAAGAGAUGCAGCAGCGCCAGCAACAAGAGGAGGAAGAGGCCCGCGAGAGAAAGAGACAAGAGAGCCAGAAGCGAGUCUCAAGAUCCCUGCUUGCCGAGGAUAUUGCCAAGUUCAACAGCGGCUACGUCGAGCCAGCCGUCACCACCCGCGAGCGCUCAGACAGCCGCACCGAGCAAGAGAUCAGAGAGGCCCGCGAGAGGAAGGAGGAGGAGCGUCUGAUCGAGCGUGAGCGUGAGCUGGAGAAGGAGCGUGAGCUCAAGCAGAAGAUCAGAGAAGACAGAGAACGCCAAGAACGCGAGGAACGUGAGCGUGAGGCUACCCGCCUGGAUCGCGAGCGCCAAGACAAGGCCGAUACCGAGUCCGCCGCCAAGAGAGAGCGCGCCCAGCGCCAGGAGGAGCUCGAGCGCAUGGAGGCCGAGCGCGAACGCGAGAGAGAGCUACGCAGAAAGGAGCGCGAACAGAAGGAACAGGAGACCAGACAGAGGGAGGAGGAAAGAGAGAGGGAGAAGGAGAUGCGCAGAAUGGAGCGCGAACAGAAGGAGCAGGAAGCCAAGGACAAGGAGGAGCGCGACCGCGAGGAAAGAGAGCGCGAGAGAGAACAACGUCGCAAAGACCGCGAGCUCAAGGAGAAGGAGGACCGUGAGCGUGAGCAGCGCGACCGCGAAGAGCGUGAGCGUGAACGUGAGCAGCGCAGAUUGGAACGCGAACAGAAGGAGAAGGCUGCCCGCGAGCAAGAAGAACGCGAACGUGAGGAAAGAGAGCGUGAGCGUGAGCAGCGCCGCAAGGAUCGCGAGGCCAAGGAAAGAGAGGACCGCGAGAAGGAGCUGCGCGAGAAGGAGGAACGAGAGGAGGAGAGAAGAAAGCGUCGCGAACAAGCCGAGCGUGCCGCCGAGGAAGAGAGACUGAAGCUCGACGCCGAUCGCGAGUCCAGAAAGAAGGAGCGCAGGGGUGUCGACUCCGCCGACGUCCUGUCGCCCGCCGUCUCUGUUGGCAGCCCAGCACUGAGCUCAUCAUCCGAGUCAUCAUCAACAACGUCCGACUAUCUGGAGCAGCGCAGACGCGAGCGUGAGCAGCGCCGCCGUGAGCUGGAGGAGGAGGAGAAGCGCCUCGAAGCCGAGAGAAAGCGCAGAACCGAAGAGCGCCGUCUUGAGCGCGAGCGUAAGGAUCGCGAGCUCGAGGAGGAAGCCAAGCGUCUGGAACAAGAAAGAGAAGAAAGAAGACGAAGAAGAGCCGCUGGCGUCGUGUAA